UUUGGUCAGGGCUUAAAGAGGAGGGGAGAGCUCAACAGACCGAGAGGCUUCCAGAGCAUCAACAUGUCUCUGUACCGCAACUCCGCCUGGUUCCUGAAGGGGCUGACUGAGUUCACCAGGAAUGCCUACCUGUCGGCCUCUAAGAGGUUUGUGGAGAAGGACCUGGAGGUGUCUGUGGCUGGACGGGUAUUCAUGAUAACAGGAGCCAACAGUGGCAUUGGGAAAGCCACCGCCAUGGCUAUAGCAAAGAAAGGUGGAACCGUCCACAUGGUGUGCAGGAACAAGGACAAGGCGGAGGAGGCAAGGGCGGAUAUUGUGAAGGAAACAGGAAACAAAGAGGUUUAUGUGCACAUUCUAGACCUGUCUGAAACCAAAAAGGUCUGGGAGUUUGCUGAGGGAUUUAAGAGGAAGUUCAAGGCCCUCAAUGUUCUGAUCAAUAAUGCUGGGGCCAUCAUGAGUCAGAGGGAUGUGAACGCUGAGGGCCUCGAGAAGAGCUUUGCCACUAAUGUGCUCAGUGUUUACAUCCUCACCAAGAGUCUCAUCCCUUUACUGGAGAAGAGUGCAGAUCCCAGAGUGAUCACUGUGACUUCAGGGGGAAUGUUGGUGCAGAAGCUGCGGACAGGAAACCUGCAGUCUGACAGAGGCCGCUUUGACGGCACCAUGGUCUAUGCCCAGCACAAAAGGCAGCAGGUGGUGAUAACAGAGCAGCUGGCGAAGGCCCACACAAACAUCCACUUCUCCGUCAUGCAUCCUGGCUGGGUUGAUACUCCAGCGGUGGCUAACGCCAUGCCAGACUUCCAUAGCUCAAUGAAGGAAAGCCUGCGUACCCCAGAUCAGGGUGCUGACACUGUAGUCUGGCUGGCUGUGUCUGAGGCUGCAACUAAAAACCCCAGUGGACGCUUCUAUCAGGACAGAAAGAUGGUGUCCACCCACCUGCCUCUGGCCUGGACCCACAGCUCCCCCCUGGAGGAGCAGAAGUUAAUGUCUCUCCUGGAGGACCUCGCCAAGACGUUUCAGCCCCACUGAGCCUGCAGGACAUUUUUUUUAACAGUACACCAACAACACUAAAAACACUGAAGUACUGACUGAGGCUGGGUCAAUGUAUCAUCCUACUGAUGAUGAAAAAGAUCUGGGUCUAAAAGAACUCUUGAGGUUUAAUACACAGACAUGGUGGAGUUUCAAGCCUUCUAAAGCCUGAUUAAACACAGAGGGAAGCAGAUUUAUAACACUUUGUACUGUAUUAUAACAAAUGUUCAGCUGAAUAAUGACUAAAGAUGUUAUCAUAUGAGGAUGCUUGAUAGUGAUGCUGCCUUUACAUGAGUUUGCACAGGACGUUGUCUUGCUAACAUAGAGAGCACCUUCAUAAACCCCACACACAGACACAUGCACGUGUAUUUUUUAUUGUGACUUUCUGAUAGUAGUCAAUCAGAUGGGAAUCUGAUGGGACCAAAGUCACUGACAUACACUGCAUUUUUUAUUUAAAACAGCAGCUAUGGGUUCAAUCUGAUAUGCCUGUCUUGAUGAUUUACACAAGUGCCUAAGUGAGUGAAAGCUACUCAGGAUCGCUUUAUGUAGAGCAUUUUGGAAGAAGCAUCAGACUGAUCAAGCCCUGCCUUCCUGGGUACUGUUACUAUAUUACAGUCUCUUACUGCUGGGCUCCUUCCCAUUUCAAACCAUUGAAAACACCCUGCAAUACGAGUAACUUAUUUUCAUUUGAUUGAUUUGUUUCUUUCAUAAACUCUGCCUCAGUGAAAGAAUACAAAUGUACUGUAAGAUGUUUGAGAGGAACUGAAAUUGUCAAACUCAGUUGUCUAUUUUUUGUUGUUGCCAAUGUCUGGUGUUAGUGAUGUCAGCUGAUGUAAGCCAUCCUCCUGCUAUGCAACAACAAGUUGCUCCUUAGGCAAAAAUGAGAUGUGCUAUUCGUUCUGAUCUGCCUUACUAGAUCAGCAUUAACAUUGAGCUCAAUGAUGUUGACCCUAGUUAGCUAACAAGUUUGUUAACACUAUGUUAACAUUAAUAGCAAUACACCAUUAGUAAGUUUGCUUUUAGGUGACAUUAUCAACAUAGCUCCAAUGUCACAUAUCGUAAGUAUUUAAAUAUUUCUGCUUACGUUUCAGCAUAUGUAAGUAUUGUUUUGUGUUUGUUGUUUGGUUUAAUUGUCUGUUUCGAUUUCAACAAGAGUAUUUUUUAUUUUCAUCAACUUUCAGUUUAAGGAAUGGGACGAAAAAAUUCUCAGGGAUUUCAAUGUCAAUAUCUCAAGUCACUCUUAAAGACACCCGAAGAAAACCUUUUAACUAUGUUAAAAUGCCAAAUGAAUAAUGCUCGACUAAGAGUCAGUUAACCGAACCGUGAAGGGUUGCCAUUUAAAUAUAUAAUAGAUUAGAUCAGUAAUCUAACUGCUUAAAUUCGUCAAAUCAUCAGUUGGUUUAAAUAACUUGACUACAAAACUAUGCAAACUAAGACAUCUGCAGGGUUUCAACUGGUAAUAUCUUUUAGUUGAACUCCACAAAAAAACAGCAAUGUGAUGUUUAUUUACAGUGAAAGCAUUCUCCAUUAUGCUGUUUUAUCACUGUUAAUCCCAGUCCUAGUGAUGACUCAGCUGUGCCUUUGGUUGAACAGCAUCUUUAAUGGAAAUCCCACAGUGAAAUGUUCCUUCCAUAAUGUUCCUGGGUAGGUGACUGAAAUGUAAUAGAUGUUUGUGAUUGACUCUCCCCUUAUGUUGCAGAUUGAGGUCAAGCUGCAGAUGAAGUGCUCUCUGUAUUAGCCGUGUGCCGUUUCAUCUUUAGCAGCAUCACUUGACGUGUGCAAGAAAGGCCAUUUAUUUAAAGCUUAGUAAUACCUGCUCUGCACCUUUUACUGACUGUGACUUUGGCUUGAGUCCGUGUUGUAAAUUCUUGCUUGAAUA